AUGAAUGUUGAAAAGUCAGAUGACAAAGCAAAGAAUGGCUUGAAGUCUUCCUUACUUAUAAGGGAUGAAAAUGGAAAUAACUGCGCAUGUGACAGAGCUACACCUUCCUCAAAGAAUUGUGCCACUGAGAUACACGGUAAUGCAACUGACCAAAACAUAGUGACUGAACAUGAAGAUGAUACCGUUCUUGAAAAUCAGAGUGACUUCAGAUGUAUUCUUUUAAAACAGCAGUGUAUUGAAGAACUUCAUCUGCAGAAGACACCUGGUAAAUACAACUGCACAGGAGCUUUCUUGGGAGAUGCAGUUGCUGCAUGCAAGUCUUCUGUGACUGAACAGACUUGUGUGUAUCCUUUGAACAGUGACUUGAAAGAAACAACAAACUUAGUGAAAGGUAAUGUUGCUACGGCAAAAAUGCAAAAUCAGAGUAUCAAACAACUGGUGCCUUACAGUCAGAUUGACUCUAAGUGUGUAUUACCUCUUCCUGCUUCAGAGCAGAACACACAGUCCCUGGUAAAGGACAGGGCAUGCUGCCACCUGAGCACAUUGGAUGUUACUAAUGUUAUAGGUGAAACUCUGGGAACUGAUCAAAGUGGUGACAUGCAGCUGAGGGAAACGUUAAUCUCUUCUGAAGUAUGCACGAGAGAGAAAUUUGAUAGAACCAGCUCAGAAAGAACACCUAAUUUCUCCUCUGCAAUAGUGGCUUCAGAAUGCCCAGAUGCAUUUUCAGAACUUGAAGUAUAUCGUCCUGCCUCUGCAGGUGUUGAACACUAUCUAAAAAACACUAACGAGACUGAUAAAGAAUCACAGGAAACAGAAGCACAGUCUGUAAAACUAGCUGCUGGAUGUAUAGCUCCUUAUAGGAGAGAUGCAUUAUCACCAUGCAUUCAUAUUAAUGAAGACGACCAAGUGAAAUCCUUGCAGGAUACCCUUGACCAUGAUGAAACUGGGAAUUCCAAUGCUGAAACAUACAUGGAUAGUCCUGUAAGUAAUAUGCACCUUCUUCCAGUAGAUAAAGUGGAUGGAGAACAACUAUCAAAGAAAACCAGUGAACCCUUAACCAAAGAACAAAGUAUCUCUGGAAACACUACUCUUCAGGAUAUGCACACCACCUCUUUCAUAUCUUGCAGUGUACCAAAAUUUAAGAGGACUGUUAUGCCUGAGCUGAAAUGCGAAGCAACUUUUGUGGUCUUCAGUCCUAUGGCUGAUGAAAGUGAUUCUGCUCUACGUACUUCAACCCCUAAAGAACGAUCAAAAAAUACGACUUUUUCUGUUUCAGCUUUGGCAGAACAUGGAGACCAGUCUCCUAAACGAAGACCAAACGAGGCGCUUGUAGGAGGACAGAAUAGAAGGCCUUUGCUUAAAGCUAGUUCAGGUCAAACCGCAGGAAAACCAGUGGGCAGGUCUCCUAUUGUGUCAACAAUAACCAAAGGGAAGAAAUCUGAGAUUGUUAGUUUCCCCAAACCUAAUUUCAAAAAUGUUAAGCCAAAGGUUAUGUCUAGGCCUGUGCUACAGUCAAGAGAGAGUGCGGCAUUAAAACAGUCUGCCCAGUCCCCUCAACUAACAGCUGUCUCCUCAUCUUCACUGGUUGCUUCCCCGAGGCAGUUGUCCCCCUCUGUAAAAGUGCUGAAAAAGAAAAUAGAUCUAGCUAAAGGUACUAAAGUGGAAUUGCCUGUGAAUAAGCCCCAUAAGCUACAUCUUAACAAACACCUCUUCACUAGCCAAGUCGUACAUGCCACAACACAUCCCAGAAAUGCUUCCCACAAGGCUUCAAAGACAGCUGUGUUAAAACAGAAUCCGGAAGACAUUGGCAAAGCAAGCUCUACCCAUUCGGCAUGCUCCACAGUUUCUGCUGCGCUUCCAAUGUGUGUAGAAAACCCGAAAGAGAUGCUGAAUGAUAAGAUGGAAAGUUCAGACUCUUUAAUGCAGCCCUGUGCUCAAGACUUCUCUCCGUCUGGAGGUGAAAAACAGCAAAACGGCAACAUGGGAAUUUUUCUGGAAGCAGCCUUGUUAAAAGAUGUGGCAAAUGAAACAUCUGACCUACACUCUGUUCCUUUGAUGCCUUCUGUGAAAGAUGAGACACCACAAGAGAAGAACAUACCGAAGAAAGUCCCAAUCACACUACGAAGUGUAUCAGCUCCCAAGGUUAAAAUGGUGCCAUCUGUGUUGCCCUUGAAGAGAGGAUGUGAAAAUAAAGCUACCUGCACAAUUAAAGCACCUUCUCACAAAGGAGCGGUUCUGUCAUCAAGCUCUGGUAUAGUAUCUUCGCCAAGAGAGAAGCAUGCCUCCGUAAAAAGUUCUCCAGCCUCAUGGGCUAGUUCUGGUAAACCGCUCACCAAAUCCAAAGUGCCUGUCAAAAGAUCGGUGCUUGAGAGAACGCCUAGCAUCUCAUCAGUCAGCAGCACUCAGAGUGAGCGAAGUCUUUUCAGCAGUAAUUCUGCAAGUGCCACAGUCAUCAUCAAGAAUGGAGAAUGGCCUUCAAAACCAUCCUGUGAGAAUGGUAUUGCGGGAUCUGUCCCUUUGAAAGCGGUACCAAAACCUAGAUUACACUUGUUGAAGACAACUCCAAAAGGAGCUAAAGCCAGGUCUGCUUCACUGAACCAGUGCAUACCAAAAUCAUCUGGGCCACUGCACUCGGCAAGGAAAGUCAGUGAGGCUAGAGGUAAUCUGCUGUUGGGUACUCCUGGAAGAAAUGGACACCAAAGCCUGUCUUAUUUGGGUUCUGUUGACAAGGGCAAGCAGCGGAGUCCCAAGAGCUCGUGUGUACAAACUCAAGCCUCCACAGAUGCGCAUUCGCCUGGCACAAAACCAGCCGAGUUGACACAGUACAAAACAAAAUGUGAGACACAAAGUGGAAUCAUCUUACAGCUGAAGAAAUUCCUGACAAGCAGUAACCAGAAGUUUGAAGCAUUAACAGUUGUGAUCCAGCACCUGCAGUCUGAGCGGGAGGAAGCACUGAAACAGCAUAAAGAGUUGUCUCAAGAACUAGUUAACCUUCGAGGAGAACUAGUAACCACUUCUGCAGCUUGUGAGAAAUUGGAGAGAGACAGGAAUGAACUGCAAGUUGCUUAUGAAGGAUUUCUGCAGAAGUUAAACCAGCAACAUCACAAUGAUUUAGCUGAGCUGGAGGAGAGGCUUAAACAGUUUUACACUGCAGAAUGUGAGAAACUCCAAAGUAUCUGCAUUGAAGAAGCUGAAAAGUACAAAGCGCAACUCCAGGAGCAGGUGGACAACUUAAAUAUCACACAUGAAAACUUUAAGCUGGAACUCGAAAACAGCCACUCAGAAAAAGUAGAGGAGCUGAAAAAAGAGUAUGAAUCCUCUUUUUCAGAGCUCAAGAGCGCCCAUGAAUCUGAAAGGAAGUCACUUGAAGAUUCCUUUAAAGAGAAGCAGGAAUUGCUAGAGAAAAAAAUUGAUGAAUUAAAAUGUGAAAACGACUCUCUGAGUGAGAAGCUGAAAUUAGAAGAGCAAAAACAAAUAGCCAAAGAAAAAGCUAAUCUUAAAAACCCACAGAUUAUGUAUCUGGAACAGGAGCUGGAAAGUUUGAAAGCAGUGCUGGAGAUCAAGAAUGAGAAACUCCAUCAGCAGGAUGUAAAGCUAAUGAAGAUGGAAAAACUGCUGGAGAACAACACAAUCUUAAUGGAUAAAUUAAAGAAGGUUCAGCAAGAAAAUGAAGAAUUAAAAGCUCGGAUGGACAAACACAUGGAGCUUUCAAGGCAACUUUCUACGGAGCAAGCCGUUUUACAGGAGUCACUAGAGAAAGAAUCAAAAGUAAACAAACGCCUGUCAAUGGAGAACGAAGAACUUCUGUGGAAGUUGCACAAUGGCGACCUAUGCAGCCCAAGAAAACUCUCUCCCAGUUCUCCAUCCGUGCCUCUUCAGUCCCCACGAAAUUCUGGUAACUUUUCUAGUCCCACAGUAUCACCAAGAUGACAUCUCUUGAGAGAAGGAGGGGAUUGCAUUUCAUUUGUGAUCUGCAGAACUGAUCCCAACUUUAAUCACAGGAGCAAGAGCUAUAUUAGCUGACUAUGAUGACUAAACACAACUGGAAACUAUUUGGUGCAAAAAUGGCGAAAAGAGACUGAGAAUAUGGGAGUAAGACAUUCAUGUUGCUCCUCCCAAAAAGACUUGUUUAUGACCUCUAUGGACAUUGUUGCACAAAGCACUUACAGAGCAAGGAAAGACUUGUUCAUUGCCUUUUCACCUAACUAUAAGAAAAAGCUCAGGGGCUUAGAUAUAAAGAUCACAACCUUUAUAAUAUGUUCCUUAUCACAGACACUUUUUUAAGGCUGUGUGUAUGCAUGUGUGCGUGCGUGUGCUGUGGAUGGAAUGGAUGAAACACACUGUGCGUGUGUCUAAUGCUGCCUUCUUUGCUGUGUAUGUAAUAAAGGAUAAAAGCUGAAGACUAUACAUUGACAUGUACUUCCUUAAUAAUGUUGUCAGUAUGCAUGCUUUUAGCAUUCCCUCACCCAGGAAUGAGGAGAGACUGCCACUAGUACUAUAGGUUAGUUUCCUUCAUCUUUCUGGUUUCAGUUCAGUAAAAAAAUGGCAUGAAAAGCUUUGUCAACGGACUCAUUAGUGUCUUGGCCGACCUGAGUAUGCAACUUUGAAUUAAUUUUAAAAUCAAACUGAAUUGCGGCCAUAUUUUGCAUGGAUUCUUCGUUUAAUAUCCAUGCACAACUCUGCCAUUUACGAGGAGACAUUUUUUGCAGGAUACAGUGGAUUGUGGCUUUCAAGUCAACAAGGGUCACUGUCAGAACCACGGUAGCCCUCAAGGUCAGAAGUUACUAGUUGAGUUGCAGGUUUAGAAACCUAGACCUAUCAUCUUACCUGCUGAAAAAGAAUCUCGUAUUUCCCCAAAACAGCAUGUCCAUUGCUGAGGCCGUCUGCUGAGGAUAAACUAGAUGUAUAUUUGAAAGCCAAAGAGAAAAAUGCAAUAAUUGUCAUUGGGUGCAUUCUUAACUCAGUUCUCAAGAAGAAUCUUAAGUAAUUUGUGAAUUCCAAUGUAUCUGGUGACACACUUUGCCUUUUUAAGCAUUAGCAUUUGUAUUAACGUUCUUCAGGGUUGGCUAAAUUCACCUGAGGAAGAGGGCGAAGGUGGUAGCUGUGUAUUUAUCUUUCUUGCUAAUUCUGCCAUACCUUCCCUCUUAGACUGCAGGAUAUCAGUGUUUUGCCAGUUCAUUUGGCAAAAGAUCCUGUACAAGAGAUUCUGUAGAGUAAGGGAAAAAAGUUGUCCUGGCUGCUGGAACUGGAGGCUGAGAGUGUCAGCGUUUCUGGAAAUGUCAUAUGCUGAGCUUCAGCUGCAACAAGGUAAUUGCGUAGACUUGCUACACCCUUGCUCCGACCUGUUUAAGAUCUCUACAUUGUACUUGCUAAACACAGGUUCAACUUCAAAUUAGUAUUACAAAACACUAUCUAUGCUUACAAUAGCUUGGGAUUUACAAUACUGCUUCCAGGACCAUUGUUACACUACUGUUUAGCUAAUGCUGUUAGCUGGCUAUACAGGUAAACUGUUAUGGUAAAUUAUAUGUGCAGAGUUUCCCUGUGUUUUCCAGUAGCUUAGGGACAGGAAUCAAGGGGAUGGAAAGUGUUUAGGGAACUCAACUGGAGAAGCACUUCAAACCCUUUUACCUAAGACUUGAAAAAUCUUGGCUAGUAAUGAGGAACACAGACAUAUGAACAAGACUGUUAACAGUGCUUCUACAGUAAGUAAACUUGUAAUAUGCUUAAACUUGUGAUUGACUAUUUCAUAAUUAAAUUUACUUAAUUUUCCAUAAUGUAUGAGUUAAGGGUGCCAUUUCUGUGGAACAUUAUGCUCUCAUUUAAUCCUCUUUAGGGUACCACUUGUUAGUGGUGUCAGUACUUAAAAUGUUUUCUAGCGGUUUCAACUUUAAUGAAAAUCUUUUGUGGGCUAAAGCUUGGCUUAAAGUAUAUCUUGGAACAUUCUUAUUUUCUAUGGUCAAAGAGAUUUGAUCGCUUGUAUUUGAGCUGAAUGCUUAAAAAAUAAAUUUUUUGUACUGAUUGAAGGGUUUUUCUCCUACUUGUAUUAGUCAAGUGAUCUUUAAGGAGGAAUAUUCCUCCAAAUACUGAAAACUCUUAGUACCUACUCAGCAUAGCAGAACAGCAAUAGUGAAGCCUCACUGGACAAAUUAUUAAUGUUCACUAACCCUUAGAAAAUUUUAACUCUACCCUUGCUGCUGCUCCUGUAGGCAGAAGUUACACAGAGCUUGCUUGUGAUUAUUAGUGAUUCACUUUGAGAUGGCUGUUAAAAAAAAAAGUAAUGUAGAUAACAUUACAGAAUUAAGCAAUAGUAAAAUACUUGAGUACAGUUGGCUUAAUAUAGGGACCCAAUGUGCAUAUCCUUGGUAAAGGCAUCCUACAAGGACUCACCUCAUUCAAAUGCUCACUUUAUUCAGGGGUUUUUUUUGUGUGUGUGAGAAAAGCCACAUAGAGUUUAGCAAUCUAACAGUUGGUCAUGUCACAAGAACAGUUGUCUAGCCACUGGUAAGAACUUACUUUAUCUAGUUGCAAUGUUAGGGCCUCAAACAAAACAUGCAAGAGGAGUGCAUACAAAUGUAUGAAGAUCAAAUAUAGUGUACCCCUUCAUGUAACAGAGAACAGGAAAGCUUUUCCAGGCUACCAGUACAGAAAAGUAAGUAUGGUACAGUAAAUAAUACAAAGACUUAAUUUGUCAAUAGUUUCCUUCCACAAUACAGGAGACUCCUCAGCUCUAAACUUCUUGCAAGUAGAAUCUUGAAUGCUGUUAUGAAGUAAUGAAGAAUCCUUGUAUACAGAAAUCAGACUACAGAAAUACCUGCUUAGUCUUUGUCCUGUUGGUCCAAAAUAAUUAAAUAAUUCUGUUUAUCUGUAAGCACUGUGUCAAUAUUUUUCUCUAUUUGAGUAUUAAUAUUUUGAGCUUUAACUUAAAUAUCAUGUGUUAGCAAAUGCUUUGUCCAAUUCAGUAAC